AUGGGUUGUGGACUUACUCAGAGCGGAAUCCCUCCUUUACAGAUCAGAUUCAAACUUCAAAGGAAGUUUAAGCCUGUGCCUGAGGAGGUCAAGCAAAUACAGAGGGACCAGGAUAGAGUCCCUGAUUACAAGAGUCUUGAGCAGUGGCUUAAAAAGUAUCAGCUGUUCACUUCCCCCUCAAAGGCUCUUACUGAGGAGGAAUGGGAACAAGAUUUCUCAGGAGAAUGCCAACAAGACCGCCGGCUGAUGAAACUUCAGUGAAGCAAUAGACUCCCGGUGAUAAAGGCAUUACAGAUUAGACAUGCAAAUCUUAUAGAUAGUGAUGUGCUUUGGGAAUUUUUGACUCAGGCUGUCCCAGAUAAGUUGCAGACUUUUGUAUUUAAUUUUGAAGGAAACCCUAAGGAGAUUAUCCAAAAUCUAAAGCUUGUGCUCUCUAAUACCACAAAUAAUGUCUAUUUCAGCAGGAUGACUCUGACUAAGGCUCAAUUUGUGUUCUUGUUUGAGAGCUGAAUUCAUGUCAACAGUCUUACAUUCAAGGAAUGAACUUUUAAAGACUUUGACGAAUCUUUGGCAAUUGACCUAACUUUGAAAGCUACUCUACAGCAGGUAACUUUUCUGAAAUGAUUCAGGACAAAUUCUCUCGCUCUGAAAUGGGUUAUUUCAGCUAUCAGCAUGACAGUGCUGCAGACAUCCAAGUUCAAAAUUAUCCUAGAUGAAGAAGAUAUCCUUUCUGAUGAAAAGAAGGCUGAGCUUAACGAAUGUCACAAGAAACAGAAGUAUCUGUGGGCUUCUGAUGUAUUCAUGCAGUAUUUCUUAGACACAGGGUUCAUGCAAACCGAUAAUUUUGAAAACUCUUGCUUGUUCAGAGGAGGAUGGGAUUGGGCCAACAACUGCAAGCAUGGCUUCUCACAUAAAAAGGAGAAGUAUCUUGACGAAUUUGCGAUUUAUGACCAAGGGAAGUUCUAUGGGUACCAAUUCACUGAAUCACACCGUUUCAAUUAUGACUGCUAUUCUCAGAUUUAUGGAAUGGAAGGAAAAUAUCAUGGUCUAGUCAAGAAUGAAAAUGACAUCUUUUUAUAUGAGAAUGGGAUAAAAAUUAAGAAGUUCAGUAAUGAUGAGGCUAAAAAGGUACAAAAGGGAGACGACUUCUGGCUACAAUUACUCAAACCUGACAGUCAGAUCUCACUUCUGUGAUACCCCCAGCUUGUGAAUAAGGUCCAUCCUAUUCAAGCUCAGGCUCUUCAGGCUGAGAAUAACAUGAGGCUUGAAAUCUGUGCUCACUUUGGGCGCAAGGGAGCUAUAUUGGGUGUAUUUGAUCCAGAAAUGGUAUCUAAAAAGGGAAAGAUGUAUCUGUUCAAAAAGUACAAGAAAGAAGACUGAGAUACUUAUAAAAUCGAAACACCAGCAGGUUCAGAGACUUCUUUCUUACUUUCUUCGACAAAGUUUACUAAGGAAGAUGUGAAAGAGGGAAAGGACAUGGUCAGAGCACUGCUAGAUGAGUACGAGAUGACUUCGACAAUUCUGAAAGUUACUUCAGCUGAGAUGGAGAUAAAUAAAAGAAUUAUUAAAGAAGAUCAAGGGAUCUUGCUUUAUAAUCUUUGGUGUACUGUGUAGAACUAAUUU